UCGAGACAACCGAUUCGGCCGGAUCCGGUUUUCUUCGUGCUUGAGUCAGGACACGACCGUGUAAACGUCCGUAUUACGUAUUGUCGUCAGUUGUGUAUGCUGUCUUUGCCGGCGACAGUAAGGCAAAGCUUAAAGGCGGUGUCGGUUGUGUAUUUGGCACCCUUGCCAUCGUGCAAAAUUUUACGUACGGUUUACUAAUACAACUCAGCUAUACGGUUGCGGACUCGCGUGUACUGAUCGAGUGCCAGUGCGACGACAAUCGGGCGUGCUAACACGGGUGUAUUAUCCACGGCUGUGUACAUAUAUAUGUGUGUAUGUGCGUAACGUGCGCGUAGAGGAAAACGAAUUCGUUGCUGUCGGUGGGAAGAAAGAGAUAGAGGGAGAAGAGGGUGGGAGAACGAAGGCGGCCGUGAAUCCACGAUACGCGGCUACGUUCACGCCGCCGCGUAUUCCACACGGCACGACACGAAACACAACAGCACCGUCGACCCAGGCUACGAGAGGAGAGAGACGCGUAUCUGCACGCCUUACGAAUUAUUACGAAUUCGCAUAGCUUUGACGCGCCUUUUGGCGCGUAUAGCCUCCUCGUUCGGUCGACUUCUUCGACCUCCUCGUCGCUACUAUGGCGGACGACGAGGUUCUCUUCGACGAGGUUUACGAGCUCUGCGAGAUUAUCGGCAAGGGACCGUUCAGCGUGGUUAGAAAAUGCAUUCACCGACAGACGGUGCAGGUGUUCGCGGUAAAAAUCGUGGACGUUGCGAAGUUCACAUCCAGCCCAGGUUUAAGCACGAACGAUCUGAAGCGAGAGGCCACGAUAUGUCACAUGUUAAAGCAUCCCCAUAUCGUAGAGCUAUUGGAAACCUACAGCUCGGAGGGUAUGCUCUAUAUGGUGUUCGAAUAUAUGGAUGGCUCUGAUUUAUGCUUCGAGGUCGUUCGGAGAGCAACCGCUGGAUUCGUGUACAGCGAGGCGGUUGCCAGCCAUUACAUGCGACAGAUCCUGGAGGCGUUGCGCUACUGCCACGAGAACGACAUAAUUCAUCGUGAUCUAAAGCCGCAGUGCGCCCUCCUGGCGGGCAAGGAGAAUUCUGCGCCGGUGAAGCUACGCGGCUUCAGCGUCGCCGUGCAACUCCAGUCAUCCCAGGCAAACGGCGUCGAGUGUUACACCGAGUAUCGGCAGUGUCUGAGCCCAAAGGGGCAGCUCUACUUGAAGGCCGACAACGAGGGUCGUGUCGGAUGUCCACACUUCAUGGCGCCGGAAGUGAUCCAGCGCAGACAGUACGGGAAGCCUGGUGACGUCUGGUCAGCCGGAGUGCUGCUCCAUGUCCUAUUAACCGGUACACUUCCAUUCGUGGGUUCUCGAGACAGACUGCGAGAAGCGAUCUGCAGAGGACGAGUACAGAUGGAAACGCCAUUGUGGGACAAUAUCAGCGAGCCAGCGAAGGAUCUAAUCCAAAGAAUGCUCACAACGGAUGUAAAUCACAGGAUUACCAUACAGGAAGUGCUGAACCACAAAUGGCUCAGA